AUGGACACUGAAGACAGAUUGACGGGCGCAAGACGUCCAGCGCCAAACUGCUUGGACUUUGACGAUAUAAAGAGCGCUCAAAAUGUCGAGAUCAACGGCAAUCAUCAAGUCGAACGAGUUCAAGACGUGAAACCCGUCCAAACGCACCAUGACUGUGCUUCAUCGCCGGAAGCUAAGGUAUACGAGCUCGACCUAGAGCCACACCUACAGUCCCUGCCAGUUCUCAUCUAG